UUUUGUCCCUCGGUUCUUCGGACCGUAACGGAGCACGAAAAGGAGCGACGAAGAGAGAGAAGAAGAGGAGUCAUGGCGGGGGAUUCGAUGGUGCGCAUUGACAGGCUCAUUGCGAAUGACGGCGUCGAAGGCAGCUUUGGUUGUUCCGAUCGUGUCGCCCGGCCGCCGGCGGACGUCGGAACGGUGUUGGCGGGGUGUCGCGAGGACAAGAAGCCGAGCUCCGAAGGCAAGAAGCUGAGCCAAGAGGUGGGUAGUGGAGCGGUCGUCGAAUGUAGGAUAUGCCAAGAGGAAGGGGAGGAGCGCCACAUGGAAGCUCCCUGCGCUUGCAAUGGCACUCUCAAGUUUGCCCAUCGGACAUGUAUUCAAAGAUGGUGCAAUAAAAAACAAAAUAUCACUUGUGAAAUAUGCAACCAGAUUUUUGGCCCAAACUAUAUUGUUCCACCAAGUAGACCAAAUUCUGAUGUAAUGGCCAUUGAUGUCAGGCACAGUUGGGGUACACUCAUUGACUACCGUGAUUCACAUUUGCUUGGCAUUGCUGCUGCUGAGCAGGAUUUUUUAAGUGCAGAGCAUGAAGAUUAUGCAGCCUCAAGUGCCAAUGGAAUUGCCUGCUGCCGUGUUAUUGCUCUCAUGUUGACGCUCCUCUUGCUACUUCGCCAUAUCCUCAUUGUCAUAAGGAACAUUGAGAUGGUGCAGGAUAUGUCAGCUGUAUACAAUGUAACUCUCGAGUUUGCUGCCUUUUUCUUACCGUGCUAUGUAAUGGCACGUUCCUGCUACAUUAUAACAAACCGUUGGAGGCAACAGAUCUAAGAGGUUAGAAUAAAGCUCUCAAAUUCAUUUGAUGAUAUAUUAGAAAGGGGAAGCUUGUCUGACUGGUACUUUUGGGAUUAGCUUCCCCAUUCAGGACUCAUAUUUCCACUCAAAGUGGUUGGAUGGGAAAAGAAAUGAAUGUGAAUUAGGUUCUUGACAAGUGUAAUCGCCGUCGCAAGUAAUUUUCUCUUCAAGUAAUAUGUGCAUAUAAAGUAGCCUUUAUUGGUCCUUGGUGAAAUUUUACCUGCGACAGUAACUGGGCAAUAAGUUUUGCUCUUCUUUCCAAUGUAUUGUUCUCUUUUUUC